AUGAAUAUUCGAAACGGAAAAGAGCUAACAUGGUUCACCUACGGUAAUUUAGUGAAUAAAUCAGAGGAUGAGUUAAAAGAUGUGAAUAAACGACUUACACGAUGGAUUGACCAACUAAGGUACUCGGAUGCUAAUGGAUUGGACGACAAUAAGAACCGUUUACUCGAUGUCACAAGAGGUUUCUUACAAAGCUUUGACAAUGAAAUGCAGCAUAUGACUAACACUAUUGAAAGUCCAUUGACUAUUGGGAGCUUGGCAAAACACAUCCUAACAAUAAAACUUCAACUAAGGAAAAUACAGCCUCUUUUCUUACCUUUAGAGCGAGCACUACACAAACUCGGGUUAAAUAUACGACAUUACUCACUUCUCGUACAAUGGCUGGUCACCAUUGUUGGAUAUAAAUUAUAUUCUGAGUUGAACGAUCUAAUUAGAAGAGGGUUUGAAAUUGAGGUUGAGACAAGAUCCAUAUCGAAUGACCAGUUUUAUGAGGUUUGCAAGUUAUUUUCAGACUUAGGAUUUGAUUCACAUUAUCAUCAUUUUUUGGAUCCGAUAUCCCUACCUAAGAACAACGAUGUUAAUCCACGAUUUAUCUUAUCUAUUCUCGAGGGCUUGGUAUUAACCUUCAAAACCCAAUUGCAAGUACAGUCAGAUAUUAAGGACUUUGAAGCGGAAGCUUAUACCUUCAUGAAUUAUUUGCACAACGUGACUCUCCAAAUAUAUCCCGAAGAAGUUUUUGCAGUGACUCGUGCCGGUUUUUUUGCUGUAUUUGCUGACGUUGAUUUCUACAAAGCUUCGAUCUCACAGAAACUCGGUUCAUCACAACCGCUCAAUUCUCAGCGUAUCAGCUAUAAUAUAUGUGGUUUACAAAGUGUUUUGACCGAAAAGGAUAUACUAUCUGCUAACCUCGAAAUUACUACGAAGUGGGUACAAGAUUUGACUGAGGUUGGGCCUAAUUACCACCGCCUCUUGAUCCGAAUGAUGGAUUUCAUUCUUCAACAGCGCAAGCCUAUAAUGAGCCGCCAAUACGCAUUUGAAUUGGACUCUAAAAAUACUAUUAAAUUCAUGAGACUGAUGGUGAAACACAUUCUUACUUAUUUUCCAGGCACUACCAACAUUGGAGAUGUGUUGGGUAAAAAAGCAUACAACAUGACUGAAAAAGAAAGAAGAUGGCUAACGAAAAUAGGAGUAUUCUUGAAGAACACUCGACAAUUUCAACCAUUUUCUGCUUCGUAUUUUGAGCAAUACGUUAUAAAAGAAAUCAUUCGAGAUAAUCUAACCAUAGAUCUAGUCAAAUCUAUUUUAGUUGGCAAGAAACUAGAACUUGACGCUCCCCUCGCUCGCUUUUACAUAGUAAUGCAGCAGGAUGCUGGGACACUAAAUAAUAUUAACAGGAUGUUCAGUCAUUUGUCAUUAAAGAUAACGAGAAACAAUAGGAAGAACGAUAUCAUCUUACCAGCAAAAAUAUUUCCUAAUAUUUACUCAGAAAAUUCGGCAAAACUUCCUUUUAAUCUGCCAGGAAAAUGGGUUAACAAACACGAACCACGGAUUACAAGUGAUGGUAUUAAUGUACACUUUUAUGAUCAACCGCAUCUACAUAGAGUCAUCAUGAAACCUACAAUUUUUCAAAAAACCAACAUAUCCAUAAACUUCAAUUUAUGUCAUGCUGUCAUUCUUGAUACAUUGUUCAAUAAAAAACUAAGCUGGUCGCUAGAUGAAAUGAUUAGUGCUCUUUCCGUUCGCAACCAAGCAAUGUUCAGCCAUUAUUUAUCAUCCUUAGUCAAGCACGGACUCUUGAUCAGGAAAGAAGAUGGCAUAUUUGCACUUAAUCUUGGAUUCAAACCUAACAGUAAACUUCUGGUGAAUAAUAUUUUCACAAUACCAUGA